AUCGGCAAACCAUGUCAAGAUAUCGGUUUAGAAAGGCUCGGAGUAACUGGCCGAUGGGGCAGAAUGACUCAAGAUGGGAACCACCACCAGUUCGGCUGAAUGAGCUAGUAACUGCUACUGAACCGGAAGAAAUUCCACUGCCGAAACUCGAAGAUCAACCGUAUGAAGGAGGACCACUCAACAUGACGGGAUUCAUGUAUCAUCCAAGAACCAAAAAAUAUUAUAAAAUGACACAGGAUCCCACCAUGCCACAAGGGUUUUCGAAAUCCGAUCUGGAUCGAAUGGAAAAGGCUCGCGAGGCGAAGUUUCAAGCGAAUCGGCCUAGAUUUACGUCUGGAUCAUUUAUCCAAAGGCCAGUGUUCAAGCCAAUUACGACACUUAUGGAUGAUCUCACUCUUGGCCGAUGCACCAUGGCACGCGUCGAACGUCAUAUCCACGAGAGCCGCCUACUGAACUGUAACCCAAAACCGUCUUUCACAAUUAAAACUCCAAUUGAACACUAUGACGUAUCCGGUUGCGAGUUUUUGGAUGUAUCAGAAACUGGGGAUCGGAUUGUUGGAACUUUUACAGUGAAUCCGAAUGGAGUAGCUGCGAAACAUUCUGCUGUCUAUGUGUUUGAAGUGGAUUCAAUCGGAGACACGAUUCAAUCGGAAUCAUCACGCCGAGAAGCAUAUCAAUUACUUCCAAUAAGAUCUCGUUCAAAUAAUGCUGGUUUCAAUACACUUGGAUUGACAGUCCGUCCGAUGCUCAGGGACGAUGGAUUUUCAGAUGAACCGUCUUAUCUUGACUAUGCAGUUACUCGUUACAACUCAUUUAUUGUUGAUCAAACACUUGCUCGUGUGGACGCUGAUGUUACCUGUAUGCUUACAGUCACUGCCAAUGACACAAUCACUCGAAACGGAAACGUAUGCUCCUACUGUACAGUCCACCUGGAGCCACUUGCCGAGCUCAGUGACCCUGAAGCUAUGCCAACACUCAACUCACCAAUAUACAAUAAAAGUUGGCGCGAAAAAGGAAAUAUCUGGAGUGUUGGAUGGAAUGCACCACAAAUGUCAAUUGGAUUCGGACUCGAAUCGUGCUUCCGUGUGGAGAAUCUUCUCACAGAUCGAAGCUUCUUGAUGUCUAGUCGAAAGAGAAAUGUAUUGAAUCAUUGUUUUUCGGCAGAUGGAAAUCUUGUAUAUAUGGGUCUUCGUAAUGAUAAUGUCAUCAAAUCCGAUCUUCGAAUGAAUCGGGAUCAUAUCACAGGACAAUUGAACGGUGCAUGUAACACAACAUUUGUCCGAGUUCUCGAAAAGACGCGACCAGAAUGUGUUGUAACUGAAGGAUUUGAUUCGAUCAUUCGCAUUUGGGAUUUCCGAUGGCCGAAGAAUCCGAUGAUGGAGAUGCAUGGACAUAGUAACAACUGCAAUCGUCUCAAUGUUUUCUUUGACAAGGAGGAAAGAUUUGUGUUUGCAGCUGGAUCAGAUGGAUAUGUUCGUGGAUGGUCUCUAACAUCUGGUGACAUGCUUUGUUCAGUAAAAACUCCAAAUCAUUCCAAUCCAAUCUUCCCAAGAGCCGUCUACUCGGAUUGUUGGGGUGGUCGACCAGGGAAUUCAGCUAUCAUAAUGGCAGUUGGUGAUAGCAUGAGAGUUCACUCAUUGGAGCUCUAACCAUCAUCAUCAAGUUCAACUUAAUCUUGUUAGAAUCAGUCAGUAUUUACCCUUCUCUUUAAUUUCAGAAUUCAGUGAACAAAUUGUAAAAAUGUAGUCAACUCAUCAUGUAACUAUCUUUUUUAUUUUCUCCCUUUCUCUAUCUCUCUUGUCUCUCUCUCCCCGUUUGUCUCGUUGCCGGUCAAAACUUUAAAAAAUGAACUCAAAAAAAAAGAAAGAAAGAAGGUGAUAGUAUGAAUGCCUGUCCCGGUCUCGAUAUGCCAUUUUAAACCGUUUUUCUCUUUAAGUUUCUUCUCAUUAUCAUAUAAUUUUCUCAUUUUUAACUCAUUCCGCUACAACCUGUCUAGUUUCUUCCCCCAAUCCGUGUUGUCUUCUCUGGUAGAUUUUUGAUUUCAGACAUUUUCUAUUUAUUAAAAUCUAAAUUGUCAUCUUUAUCAUUUAUUGGAUAAUAAAAUUGAUUCUAGC